AUGUUGGCGCGUACACUACGUCUUGCGCAAAGACGGACAUUUGCAGCAAUGGCUUCACAAACGCCCAUGGAGGAUGCCAUCAGGAGCAAGGUCACUGAGACGCUCGCACCUACAUCUCUCGAAAUCUUCAACGACUCACACAAGCACUCCCAUCAUCAAGCAAUGCAAGGCGUAACCUCGAAAGAGACACACUUCAGAGUCAAUAUCGUCUCGGACUCCUUCAAAGGCAAGAUGCAACCAGUCCGCCAUCGCUUGGUCUACACCCUACUCAAGGACGAGCUUGCCCAAGAAGGUGGCAUUCACGCUCUCCAACUCAAGACCCGGACGACCGAGGAGGAAGAGAAAGCUCAGGCUAAGGCAGCUUCGUAG